AUGUGUCCAAAAGAAUGUCGGAAUACUUCAGAAUUGCAACAUGGGCCGAAAAAAAAAGAUGAUGAAACAAAAGGUUUUGCGCUCAAAUGGUGGUUGGAGAGGCCUACGACGAAUAUUUAUAUACAUUCUAGGUGGCUUGUUAUGUGUGUUGUGCGACCUUGUGUGAUUGGCAGACGUUUUGAUAGAAGCUAA